GAAUCCUCCUCGCAGCAGCAGAGUAACAGGAGCCUGCUCUGUAUCAGUUUAUCAAGUGUGUGUUUUUGGGUGUGUUUAAGGUUCCAGCUUGACUCUGACACUCGGAGCAGCCGGUCUACCCUCUGAGAAAAACAACCGACAGAGACUUAAGCGUGUUUCUACACCGUGUUCCUCCGUUUUCCUCUGAAAUAAUGUGAACAUUUAGCGCGUUAGCUUGUGCGGAGCUAGCGGCGUCACCAUGGUAACGCUCCGCGGUAAAGGACGACGGGAUGCGGAUCAGGACAGCGGGCCGCCGCUGAAGCAGCAAAGGUCGGCCACGAGUCCACCGAGGACCCGGAGAGAAAGACCCGGAGUGAUUAAUGUGAGUUUGUCUGUGUGGGUCACAAAUAUAACAACCAGGAAUUCAUUUGCUUUUUAAACGGUAAAUCAGUGAAACACUAUUAAAGUGAAAUCUUCAAGAACAGUUUUUAAAUCAGUUUAAUUAACAAGAUUAAAAUAAUUGGUUUGUUUUUAGUUUUGUGUGGAAUUUUCCAGCUCUGUUUGCUGUUUGUUUUCACUCAUGAAGAAAAAACAUUAAACAGGAAAAUUCUGUUGAAAUAUACUUAAAACAAUAUUUACCCUUUAUGGUACAAUAGUACUUGAUUUAGUAUCUUUAAGGUUUUAUUAACUGUAUUCGUUGUGUGUGAAACUCUUAUUCUACCAUUUCUGCUCUCUGCAUGAUUUCAAAAUAAACUAAAUGUUGUGUUUACUGUUGUCUCACUUUGACUGAAUGUGUAAAAACUAAACUCUGAUUUAUCGUAUUUAUUUCUCAGGGAUUUACCAGCGAAGAUGACGAACAGAACCACAUCGAUUUGGAGACACAGGAGGAGGAGGAGGAGAGGAAACCACAGCGAGGCGCCAUGAGGUCAUAGAAACACAAAUGAACAACCCCUUUACUUAAAAAAUCCCUAACAAGGAUAAAUGCAGCUACAUCACAUUGUUCUGUGUUUACAGGAAAUCUCUCAGGCUCCUCGACCGUACAGGUAAGGUCCCUGACGUCACAGAUGAGCGCGAAUAUUAUAACAUCAGGGAGGUUUGGAAAAGAGAGACAGUUUACUGGUUUAUUUGGGAGGAUUGUUACUUUUGUAGGUUUCAAAUCUAGUUGAAAUAUAAGAUCAACAUCACGUGAAGACACAGCAAAUUCAGUCUGAGCAUGUCUGUGUGUGUGUGUUCACAGGCGGCAGGAGUAGCAGGCUGAGGAGGAGCACCCGUACGACUAAACCCACCGACAGAUACAAGACCUCCGACAUGUUCGACGGCAUCAGCACAAAGUAAGACCCAGAGCAGCAAAAACACACCAAAGAAACUUCUCACCGGGCGUUCAGGGUGAAAUGUUCUCAGACAGCUCAUGUGUGAAUGUGUCAGUUCUGAAUCAAAUAAAACACCUACAUUUUAUAGGAUAAUGUUUUGAGUUUGCUGCCCGGUUUCUCUCUUUUGUCCCCUGUACCGAUGACUAAAACCUGUGUACUCGGCACUUUUCUCUCCGUUUCUUCUGCUUGAAUAAAAAAAAAAUCAAAACUCAAACUGUGUUUUUCAUCGUAGACUGCAGACAGAGACAUGCAGACGCCUCACUGACUGACUGGACUGCACAUAGAUGUCAAAGUUAUAUUGUUGGGGACGUUCACCUGACUGCUCUUAAAUAACCAAACUGGUCUAGUUUGGACUCGUCACUAAAACACAUUAAAUGUAUUAUAGAAGUUUCUACCCUGUCUCUGUAAUUCACUUAUAAACAGUGUGUAAAACUCCAGGAAAAUGUUGUGUUUCAUCUGUUUCUGUUUGGCGCACCUGUCUGUCAGGAUAAAUGAGGUCAUGUGACGUGAUAUUAGGUUGAUAUGAUGGGGGUGAGCUGGUCAUCAUUCAGACAUAUUAACAUUUACUAUAAUGAGGUUUUGAGCAAACAGAAUUAAGUCUCAAAUCAGUAAGAAAGAGGAACGUUUGUUCUCUGAGUAAAUCUGUCGAGUCAUUAUCUAAAAGAAGAUCAGGACAAUAAAGCUCUGUUAUCUGUAAAUGCAGUUUUCUCCCUUUAGUUAUUCUGUGUAUUUGUAAUAAGGCUGAUUGAUGAGAAAUAAACACCUCUCUCUCUCUCUCUCUCUGCAGUGCGGCCUGCUCGGUCAUGAACACUGUGGACUCGAUGAAGAAGAAGAGUCGGCUGAGUGACAACGAUGAAGGAGUGAGACAUUUUUCAGUCACUUUAAUUCUUAUCUCCAGAAUCACUUUGUCAGUUUUGUCUUUAAAUUUUUAAUAAUUAGAGAAGGACUGUCCAGGCUGAAGGAUUCAUCUCUGUGGUUUCCUCCUUCAUCUGAGUGAUGUGAAGGUGAAUGUUCAGUCGUUCAUGGAGCCUACACUGUGAAAGAAGUUUACAUCACCAGAGCAGCAUCUAAUUAUUUUAUUAACAGUGUCUUCAUUCAGGAUGUACACAGACUUCAGAGUUUAAUACUGAUAUUUACAGAGCAGGUCAGCUGAAACUUGUUUUUUUAGAUGGAGUUUGAGCAGGUUUAGGGCUUUUUUUUAUUAUAGAUGUGGUAACAUGACGAAUAUUAAACUCUAUAUCAGCACACAUCAAACGCUGGGCCAUGAGGGGAUGUUCACCUGACAGCAGGUACACUGACAUGAUUUGUUCUUUGGUCCGAUCGUCCUCAUGAGCCCAGGUUUUGGCUCAUGCUGAUUAUUUCAAAAUACCGUUAGUAAGCCCCUCCCCCCCGUUCUUAUUUCUUUUUUUAUUUUAGAGAAAAGAUAAAUCAUUUCAUCUAGACUGAAGAUUUGUCGUAUUAUUCGGUCUGACAGCUAAUUAAACAGGACAGAUACGUGGACACAGUCUGAGCUCGAACCUUGUUUACUCUCUCUGAGCCUCUCUGCUCGGGCCGCCUCUCUUAUCAGGCGGCGGUGAGGGCGGUGCACGCGGCUGCGCCCUGCCUGGGUAAAAAAUGUCUAUCAGCUGGCACCACAUGGGAGAGCGGUGAGACCACGAGGAGCACCAGCCCUUAUUUUGAUGAUUGUGUGUGUCUGCGGCACACGAGCGUAAACAGCUGAUCCGGAUGAUGUCUGUACGAGGAGUCAGACAACGUUACAGAGAGAUGAACCUUGUGUUUAAAAACAGCCUGAAAUAAAAGUUCAUGUGUCUCAUUGACCCAAAGAAGCAAAAAGGAGCGUCGACAGAAGGAGGAGAGUUGAUGAACCGGUGAAGGUGGUAGGUGUCAGAUCCUGGUUCAACCUGUUUGCAAAUGUCACACAGCCAGGAGUCUUCAUAGACUGUGAAAAGGUGUUUUCUGGUGGUUUGUUGUACUUGAAUGUUGUCGUUAUUGCAGUUAGAGCGUUUGGACCAAACUCAUCUCAGAAGUCUGAAUUUAUCUCAGUGACUCUAAAAACUGUUUGGUGGUGAAAAGAAAUCGUUUUUGUGUCCAGGAGGGAAUUUAGUCAAAGAAACUCUGAGACAGAGUUCAUCUACACUCAUCAAGUUUGGGCUUUUUACUGGAUUACAUGAUUACAUUAUUACCUUGUGCAGUCUCUGUUUGUUUCAUGGUGAUACUUGAGUCUUUAACUCUGACCUGAUGAUAAAAUAGUGAAACAGACACACAGACAGGCUGACAGGUCAGGGUAGAUCAGUAACUCCUCUGUUGUGUAAGUUAAAGUUAUGAUUUUAGAUUGAGUCUGUGGGCUUUGAAAAGAGUGAAAUAAAGUUUUUAUGGUUUCAAAAAUAAUGCUUUUUGUUUCUAUAAGUAAUUUAGACCUCAAACUGGAAAUAGCACUGAUCACACAGAUCCUUCACACACUGAACAUGACCUGUGUGUGUUUGUUUCUGAUGAAUUACAGAAGAUUUACUCCAAAGUCCGGAGGAGCAGGACUCCGGUUCCUCCACAGAGAGAUCUCAGUGACAGCGAGAAGGACGACGGUCUGUAUGAACCUUUAGGAGGAUUUAAGAAAAUCUGACCUUAACAUUCGAAGAUGGAGGUCUGAGUUAUUGUUUUAUUUUUCAGGCGUGGUCGAUGACAACAGACGGGGAGCGGCUGCAGGCGACACCAACAGCUGUGGAGCAAAUAAGAACUUUGAUGCCGAACUGAGCCGAUCCUCGUCGCUCUGCCAGGAACCCAGCAGCAGCGGUAGGAACUGAACCGCUGACCUACAAUAAACCAAAGUGCAUCAGCAUGAUUAUUCAGAUCCUAAAUCACACCUUUACUCCUCUUUACCACCUGAUGUUUGUUUUUAAGGUGGUAUAAAGCCUCUUCAGUCACCCCUCAGAGUUUGAUGUCCUCUCAGGAGUUUAAUUCAUAUUUAAGGAGUUUUUCUGUCAGAGAUGAAACAUUCAGGUGUGUCCAGGUUUGAGUCUGUAAUUUAAAAGGUUUUUUUUUUGUCUCCUUCAGAGUUUCCUAGAGGAACCUUCAGGAUCAGCGCCUCAGGACCAAACACGACCCGCAGAGAAGCGUUCAGGUCAGACUCUCACCUCUCAGGUUGUUAUUUUUGUUUUUGUGUCGUGUGUUUAUUUACUGUUUAUGCUCAAAAUCAGGGGGAGCCUUGAUAUCGUCUGUGUUUUUGCUGGGAUUAGAACCCCCAGACAGGACCUGACAGCUCAGUAUCAACAGUUUGGGAGUCUCUAAAGUCCAGCAGCCCAGACCAACAUCUGAGAUACACGUGCACCUUUCAGUCUCUCUUUAUGGUUUUGAUAACUUUUGUGAUAAUUCUUGAGCUGCAGGCGUCUGUUUUUACACGUUUUCAGGGUCCGGACAUCAUGAAUUCACCCUCGUUUGUUAUUUGUCAAAUGUGUCGUCUGCUGUCCGGUCUGAAAACCUCAAAUCCUUAACCUCGAUACUUAAUUCAACAAUGUUUUCUGCUUUCUUAAUGGUUUAAUCUCAGAUCCACACAGAGCUCCUGGUCCAAUCACUCUGACGAAGACGACUCUGAUGAAGAAGUUCAAAGUUCAGUAAAAGUCCCGAGGAGGUCAGUAUGUUGGAGAUGAUGCUGAGAGGCGAGGAUUUUAUCUCUUUAAAAACUCACCUGUCGUUCCUCUGACAGCUGCCGCCCGCUCAACCUCCUGGGGACUCACAGAGACAAGAUGAGACCAGGAGCCGGCCUGGCUGACAUCGACCCCAUGGCCAUCGACCAAUCGGUGAGUUCAGGCGGCGUUGGAAUUGAAGGACAGACUCCUAUGUUAUCUCCUUGCUUCCUUCCUCCUUUCCUUCUCUCCUCAGGUGGGGUUCGAGAGCAUCGGGGGUCUGUCGGGUCACAUCUCAGCUCUGAAGGAGAUGGUCGUCUUCCCUCUCCUCUACCCUGAAGUCUUUGACAACUUCAAGAUCCAGCCCCCCAGGUGAGAGACGCACCGGAGGUUCACGGACUUUAAGACUCCAUCAGGACUCCACCUGGAGGUUUCUGAUGAACCCUCACAGACUUAAGACCUCCGUUUCUCUGGAGCUUUUGUACAUUCAGAGUGAGGUGCUGCCCUCUGGUGGUUGUUAGAUAAACUGCAGGUUUAAAGGGUACAUAUAUUAAAUAUUACCGAUGAACCCUAAAAGGUGUUGACUCACCUGAUCUGAGAGUUUGAAAGGUAAACAUUCACAUUUAAUUUUAUUUAAGUUAUUUUAAGACACUCUUCUAAUCCGUCUCUCUGCAGAGGUUGUCUCUUUUAUGGACCUCCUGGCACAGGGAAAACGCUGGUCGCCCGGGCGCUGGCCAACGAGUGUAGCCAUGGCAACAGAAAGGUGUCCUUCUUCAUGAGGAAGGGAGCCGACUGUCUCAGCAAGUGGGUGGGCGAGUCCGAGCGUCAGCUGCGUUUGCUGUUUGAGCAGGUAAAGACGUGCAGACACACCUGGACACACCUGAAGACCCGGGUCGGUUCAUCUCAACAAGUGUGUCUGUGCGUGUCGUCCUCAGGCGUAUCAGAUGCGUCCCUCCAUCAUCUUCUUUGACGAGAUCGACGGCCUGGCCCCGGUCCGGUCCAGCAGACAGGACCAGAUCUACAGGUCAGAACACCGGCGGUUCUUCCUCGCAGAGAAACAAGAACAGCAGAAACGCUGAAAGCUCAACUGUUCGGUUUGUUUUCGCUCCGCAGCUCUAUCGUGUCCACGCUGCUCGCUCUCAUGGACGGCCUGGACAGUCGAGGGGAGGUCGUGGUGAUCGGAGCGACGAACCGGCUGGACUCCAUCGACCCGGCGCUGAGGAGACCCGGACGGUUCGACAGAGAGUUCCUGUUUGGACUGCCGGACAGAGAGGUGAUGUUUUAUACUUUUAUAUUCCAUCAGACAGAAACAAACGUCUUUAUUUGUCGAUGACUAAGUGAGUUUUUUAGGGGCCGUUACUGUAAAAGAUCCAGUUUGGAUGUAAAUUAAACAAAAACUCUUUAAUAACAUGUUAAAAAUUUCAGAUCAGAAAACGGAAUUUUGAUCAUAUGAUGAAAAACUGUCGCUGAAAUGAACAGAGGGACUGACUUUAAGGGAAUGAACUGAUGUUUGUUUAUUUAUGUGUUUGUUUUUUAUUUCAUUUUUUGUUUUUUGUUUGUUAAUUUAUUUGUUUGUUCAUUUCUUUAUUUGUUUAUUUAUUUAUUUGUUUGUUUAAUUCUUCAUUUAUUUCUUUAUUCAUUUCUUUAUUUGUCUGUUUGUAUAUUUUUUGAUUUGUUUGUUUGUUUGUUUAUUUGUUUAUUUCUUUGUUUGUUGAUUUCAUUAUUUGUCUGUUUGUUUAUUUGUUUCUUCAUUCGUUUGUUUGUUUGUUUGUUUAUUUAUUCAUUUGUUUGUUUGUUUGUUUGUUUAUUCAUUUGUUUGUUUAUUCGUUUGUUUGUUUGUUUAUUUGUUUAUUUGUUUGUUUGUUUGUUUGUUUGUUUAUUCGUUUGUUUGUUUGUUUAUUCAUUUGUUUGUUUAUUUGUUUGUUUGUUUAUUCAUUUGUUUGUUUAUUUGUUUGUUUAUUCAUUCAUUUGUUUGUUUGUUUAUUUGUUUUUGUUUAUUUGUUUGUUUGUUUGUUUUUGUUUAUUUGUUUGUUUGUUUGUUUGUUUGUUUUUUCAUUUGUUUGUUUAUUCAUUUGUUUGUUUAUUUGUUUGUUUGUUUGUUUGUGCCUCAGUCCCGUAAAGAGAUCCUGAAGAUCCACACUCAGCAGUGGAAACCUCCUCCGUCUGAAGAUUUCCUGGACGAGCUCGCAGAGAAGUGUGUCGGUAAGAAUCAGAGCGACAAACUCCUGAGUUAGACGAGUGAAUCGCCGUUUUCCGAUCUUAAAGACUCGAUCAACUCUUCUCUGUCAGGUUACUGCGGCGCUGACCUCAGAGCCGUGUGCACAGAGGCGGCGCUCUGUGCUCUCCGGCGCCGCUACCCACAAAUCUACAGCACCUCCCAGAAGCUCCUCCUGGACGUCUCCUCCAUCGCCGUCAGCAGCUGCGACUUUGUGGCAGCCAUGAGGAAGAUGACGCCAGCCUCCCACCGCCUCACCGCCUCUCCCGCCAAGCCCCUGUCGGCCGUGGUUCAGCCGCUGCUGGGCGCCGCCCUGCGAGGCGUCCUGGAGGCUCUGCAGAGGCUGUUUCCUCACGCCGAGCAGGGGAUGAAGAGGAAGUGGGAGCCAGGUGAGGGCGGAGGCGGAGACACACCUGAUGAUGUAGUCCUCCUUAAGAGUCUCAUAACCUCUGAAUUAUCGUCUUUGAUCAGAUCUGACAGCUGGCGUGGUCGACGACGGCCUGAUGUGUGGAAGUGACGAAAGUUCCUGCACCAACAACGUCCUCGCCCCCUCCACCUCGAAGGGCGCAAAGUUCCUUCACCUUUACAGGUGAGUCUCAUCCAGUUCUGACUUCAUAUUUAGAGACGAUGUUCAAAGUUCCUGAUGGUUUCUGGACAGCAGAUGAGUCAUCGUGUGUUUUUCACCCGCCUGCGCUGUCCUCGACCUCCUGAAACCUCAAACUUCUCCUGCCUUUGUGCUCUCCUUCCUCCUCCUCCCUGCAGGAGCGCAGUCAGACACCCGACAUCCCACCGCCCUCGGCUGCUCCUGACAGGUCGUCACGGCGCAGGUCAGACCUCCCACCUGGCUCCCGCCGUCCUGCACGCUUUGGAGCGUUUCACCGUCCACAGUCUGGACUCCGCUGUGCUGUUUGGAGUCAGCGGCACCUCCCCGGAGGAGGCGUGCGCUCAGGUAAAUCAGACUCGGCGCUGUGCUGCAUGAGUUUCAGUUUCAGGUGAAGUUUAUUUCAGGAUCUGAAGGACUGAGUUUUAAACGUCAGAUUACAGGAUCCUGAAGACUUUCAUACUUCCUUUUGUUCGCUCUGUUUUCUCUGAGACUUUUAUCUCCUCUGAGUUUGGUCUCCUCGUCUCCUUGUUUCCUUGUUUCUGCCUCUUUCACACACGUACUCUGAUAUUUCCUUUUCCGGUUUGAACAGCAGGUUUGUUUUUUUGUCCUCAGGUGUUCAUCGAGGCCAAGCGCACGUCUCCCAGCAUCCUCUUUCUCCCUCACAUCCAGCAGUGGUGGGACACCGCAGGACCUGCUCUUAAAUCCUCCUUCCUCAGUCUUCUGGGCAGCAUCCCCUCUUUCUCCCCCGUCCUCCUCCUCGCCACCUGCAGCCUCCCCCAUCAGCACCUGGACGCCGAGGUGAGUGACUGGUUUUUUUCUGGUAUUUGAGUCUUUUUGAAACAGUCGAUGGAAACUCUCAGACUAAACUCGGACUCCUUCCUCAGAUUCAGUCUCUGUUCCGGGUGGAUUACGGCGAGGUUUACGCCCUCAGAGCUCCCACCCGGCAGCAGAGGACCGACUUCUUCUAUGACCUCAUUCUGAACCAGGCGGCUGAGGCUCCGCCCUCCAAGACAACAGGUGUGUAAAGCGUGAAGUUGUGACUCCUCACGUUACAGGAAUAAAAGAUCGCCUCAUAGAGACUCUGUCACCUCCCUCUCCUCCUCUCAGGGACUCAGCCCAUGGAGAUCCUCCCCCUCGCUCCCAUUCCCUCCCCUCGCCAGUGCCGCCGUCUGGACAAGCAGGAAGAGGACGUGCUGCGGGAGCUCCGCCUCUUUCUGCGUAACGUCAUCGAGCGUCUGUCUCUGGACCGACGCUUCAGGGCCUUCACCAAACCGGUGGACACCGAGGAGGUGAGAGAAACGGGAGUUUGACUCGAUUUUGAUGAAAAGACUCUGAGCCUCAGUCUUCCUCUCCGUCUCCUGCAGGUCCCAGAUUACCUGAUGGUGAUCAAGAAGCCCAUGGACUUCUCCACGCUGCUGACCAACAUCGACGAGCACAAAUACCACACCGUGAGAGAGUUCAUGGCCGACGCUGACCUCAUCUGGCAGAACGCGCUGGAAUACAACCCCGACAACGACCCCAUAGGUGAGACGAAUAAACUAACAAGAAGAGAAAAGGUUGUUUCAGGAAGUUUCAUCGUACACGGCCUCUGAAAAAAUUAUGUUCAAUAUGAAAAAGAAACCCCAUCUUUUAACGAAUGACUUUAAACUAUAUCUGGAUAACUUCUCACAGAUAACUGGAUGAGACUGUCAAUGGUGGUUGUUGGUUGUAGCACAUCUGCAGGAGAAGCUGUGCUUUUCCAUUGUCAAAGUCUUGAUCUUUGCAGCAGACAUUUUGCUGUAAUUUUUAUUUAUUUAUUUUUAUUAAAUAAUUUAACUAAUUUGUUUAUUUAUUAUUUAAACUAUUAUUAAUUGUUAUUAUUUUUAUUGUUUUUAUUUCAUCCUUUUAUUUAUUUACAUUUAUAUUUUUAUUUUUAUUAUUAUUAUUACAGUUGUUAUUAUUAGUAUUAUAAUUAUUGUUGUUAUUAUAUUUAUUAUUAUUAUUGUUGUUAUUAUUAUUUUUAUUAUAUUAUUUUAUCAUUUUGUUUAUUUACCUAUAUAUUUUAUUAUUAUUAUUAUUAUUUUUAUUAUUAUUAUUACUGUUGUUAUUCUUAUUUUAUAUUUUGUUUUAUUUUAUCCUUUUAUUUAUUUACUUAUAUUUUAUUUUAUAUAUUAGCAUUUUUAUUAUUAUUAUUAUUAUUAUCUUAUUUUAUCCUUUUAUUUAUUUACUUAUAUUUUCUUUUAUAUAUUAUUUUAUUAUUAUUAUUAUUAUUAUUAUUAUUUUUAUUAUUAUUAUUAUUAUUAUUAUUAUUAUUAUUAUUAUUAUUAUUAUUAUUAUUAUUAUCAUCUUAUUUUAUCCUUUUAUUUAUUUACUUAUAUUUUCUUUUAUAUAUUAUCAUUUUUAUUUUUAUUGUUAUUAUUAUUAUUAUUUUAUUAUUAUUAUUAUUAUUUCUUUUAGGGAUGUAGGUAAAAGAGAAAAGAAUUGCUUCUAGGCUCGAUGGAGGUCCCAGUUUGAGGUCGUCUGAAAAAUCAAGAGAAACACCACAGCGCCAUGUUUAAGAUGGUUGGAGCGCAGGUUGUUUUUCUCUGAUUAAAGUUUAGAUACUAACCUGUAACUGUCCGUGUGUGUGUGUGUGUGUGUGUGUGUGUGUGUGUGCGCGUGUGCGUGUGUGUCAGACCGUCACAUCCGCCACCGUGCGUGCGCUCUGAAGGACACUGUUCGCGCCAUCAUCAGAGACGAGCUGGACGGCGACUUUGAGAGGGUCUGCGAGGAGAUCAGAGAGUCCCGCUUCAGGAGAGGUGAGACCGCGCGCCGACACGGCGUUUGAUUUGUCCUCAUUUCCUGUCUGUAGUUUGGUGUCUUCCAUGACUCAGCGUGAAAAUCAGUGUAAAGAAAACAAAGAGCCUGUAGACUCUGAAACCUCCCCUCCUGACUUCAUGAGGUCUAAAGAAGACUCUCGUUCUGCUUUCAGCUUCCUGCAGGACUGAGAACUCAGACGGCGGCUACAGCUCUGCUUUCUCAGCAAACAGCCCUGGAGGUCAGUGAGAGGUCACGUGUGUUUGUGUUUGACAGGAGGAGUGUGAAAUCACCUCCGGGUGUUGUUAAGAAGGUCCAAAGAUGUUCAGACUGCAGCCGCAGGAGAGUUUCAGGUCUCAUGUGAGUCGAGUUCAGCUCAUUUUAUCCGACAGACUCGAUUUACAGCAAGAAGAAAACAGCCGUAACAUGGAGCAGACAAACUGAAUAUGAUCAGAGAGCUCAGGGCUUCAUGGUGAAGGAAAUAUAACAACAAAAUAAACAGCAUUUAUGAAUAAUUAAUGUUUGCAGGUAGAUAUUAUUAUAUCCGUCAAAGCAGCAGGAACAACCUUCGGACCAAAAAACCUCCAUCUGACUUUAAAAAGCUGAAACUGUCAGGAUCUCAAACCUGAACCUGAGGUUCGACUGACGUUAAGAUGUGAGAGACGACAUCUGCUUCUGCUCUUUGUCUGUUAUUAGGAUUAUGUUAAUAAUCCGUAUUGAUGCAGAACUUCUCAAAACAGGAAGAAGGAGAGUUCAGGUGAGGUGACAGACGGAGAGCUGUAGUUGGUUUUAAAAUGUCAGAGUGGAGAGCAGACGAGGAGAGACAGAGGGACAAAGUGAGGAGGAAGAGAGUGCUGCUCAAAUAAAACAGUCGAGAGAGGAAGAGGAAGAGUUCAAGAGGAGUGAUGAAGAGGCUGGAGAGCACUCAGCAUCCUUCAGCUUUCACUUUCUGCUCUCCUAAAUCACCUUCUCCUUUCUCUGCGCAGCGCGAAAUAAAAAACGCUACAAACGACCGAGGAGAUCCAAGUGGAGCAUGGGCAUCAUCAAAAAACCCAAGAAGAAGCUGCCGGUCCUGGCCUCUCCCUCCUCUUCCUCCUCCUCCUCCUCCUCUUCCUGUUCUUCCUCCUCUUCCUGUUCCUCCUCUUCUUCUUCCUCGCCUGCUUCCUCUUUGUCCAGCAGGACUUCCUCUGAAUCCAGCAGUUUAUCCGAACUGUCAGACAGCAGCGAUGAUGAGGAAACCCGCCUAACACUCGCCACAAAAGCGCGUUACAAUGGAGCCCUGGUGAACGGGUUCCACCGACCCAGACCCAACAGCACCCUCGGGGUUCAACCCCGGACCUCCAAGACCCCCCAGCAGCAGAGGAGGACAGUGAACGGGGUCUGUUUGAGGACAGCAGGUCUGUAUGUGUGCGGUGUCGGAGCAAACGUGUGAAACAGAAACAGCUGCUUCUUCUUCUGCUUCUUCUGCUGCUUCUUCUUCUGCUGCUGAGCUUCAACCUGCAGGACUCCAGGCAUCCAGCAAAGCCGACACGACGCUGAGCUGAGGACAGAGAGUCUCUGAUUAUUUUAUCAAAGCUGCACCUGAGGAGACGUGUGCAGUUCAGCUGCUUCACAGGGUUAGUCUACAUCUUUGAGUUUUGGAAACAAACAAGAUGAAACAUCGAUAAUUAAAGAUCUACGUCACACUGUAGAUUCAAAACAACACAAGUCAUCCAGGCGUGCACAAGUUCAACGUGAAUAUAUGACAUGAUAAGCAGUGAUGAAGUGCUGAUGAAGAGCGUGGAUGUGACUCUGUCAAAGAGACGAGCAGUAAAUAGUAACGAGCGACAGCAGGCUCUUCGUUUGUUUUUAUCCGAUUAUCCUUCUCGCUGCUCUCCGCCGCGCCGCACUGACAAAACUGACAUUUUCCUGCACUGUGAACUUCAGCAGAUCUGCUCUCACCUUUGUUUACGUUCAUAGAGUUGAACGCCUCAAAACCUGCAACUAAACCCUGUCCAGAGUGUGUUUCCCAGUCUUUACGAGAGUUGAUUUCUUGAACACGUAUCUCCCUCGUCCUCCUCAGAGAAACCUCACAGAGCUGACAGCAGAGCCAACAAGGCGGCUUUAGAGCAGAUGCAGAUGUUUAACAGAGGCCGAUUGGAGGAAACCCUCAGUGAGGAAAAACCACGGCUGGUCGUUGAUCAAAGCAAGCUGAAGGUGAGUGUAAACUGUGAACCAGAGCAGAAGGACUCGGUGAAAUCCUGGUUUCCCUGUCUGCUAUAAGCCAUGACAACUUCCUGUAGUUACCCGGAUCAGUUUAAAGUUACAAGUCAAGCUUUGUCAGGUCCUCCUCCCUGGAGAGAUACUGAGAGAGAGUAUGGUAAAAACAAGCUGCAGGGAUGGUGGGGUGAUGGUCGAAGGGGUCCAAGCAGAGAAAAUUACCGACGUUACGGAUGCGGUGGAAACUCAGUGUAAGGGUUUUUGGGAUGUGUCUUCCAGGACCUCCUCGGCAGAGCCGUGUCGAAAACAGACGGCCUGGAGGUGGAGCCGCUGGAGAAGCUUUACGCUCUGCUGGCUCAGACCAUCUACAGACACCGAAACAACAAUAACAAGACCGAGCUCAUCCAGGUACCAAACAUACAAACUUCAUCCCCCACCCUCUCUCUCUCUCUCUCUCUCUCUUUCUCUUUCUAUUUAAAAUCCCUUAUUUUCAUAAUAUUUCUUUAUUUCAUUGUCAGGACAUGAAGAAAGAAAUCGACAGCUUCUCUUGAUCGUCUACUCCAAGUCUAUCCGAAUAAAACCACAGUGCAUUAAAACAGAGUGUGUGAACUCCUCAUUUGAAGGAAACUAAAACACAUUCUGAUAUUUGUUUGUAUUUUAUCAGAGUAUUUACAGAUAAGAACUAAUCGUGCAGUAUUUAUUCAAAUUAACCACAAAUAAAGGUGCUGGUGAAAACCACUACAAGCCUUUA